AUGUCCACCACCGCUAUGUUGGGUGCCCUCGUCUUCAUGAUUUUUAUUCUGUCCGAGCCCGUCGAUGCGUACACCUCUACCGGAGGUGGAAGGUUUGCGGGCGGUGGAAUCGCGGGCGUUGUGAUAGGUGCUAUCAUUGUCGCCUCUUUAUUGUGUCUAUGCCUUGCGUUCUGUAUUCGACGACGACGCACGCGCAAUUCAUACAACACUGGGUAUCCUGGAAUGGGUAAUGGCAUGGGUGGAGGCCUGUUUGGCCGAGGUCGCCGUGCUGAUGCGGAAGUCGGAAAUCCAAUCGGUAGCCAGCCUGGAUGGAACUCCAAUGGUCCGGCCGUGGCUGGCGGCCCAUACCAAAAUGGACCAGCACCAGCCAUGCACGGAAAUUUUCAACCUCCAACAGGUGUUCCUCCCUCAGGCGGCGUUUAUACCAAUGGUGCCCCACAGCCACCUGCGUAUGGAGCUCAACAAGAUACUUACGCGGCGCCGCCAGGUCCUCCGCCUGCUGCACACACGAAGUUCUAG